GCGGAGAGCAAGGGUUUUCUCGAAAAUUCUUCCCAUAUGUACUUCGGAUGACGUCAUAGAUUGAAAUUAACAGUGGAUCAUGCGCGUGGUCGGUGCAAGUAUUAUUCACUGCUCCCCCACUUUCGGCUUCACGCAAUAAUUACACCGACGAGGACAACUACAACCACCAUUCCGCAUUGAACGUUCAUUCGCCGUACGUACACGUAAAGCCGAGUUAGUAUUUACUCGUAACACAUUGUGAUUGAGCUAUUUGUUCGAUAAAUUCGUUAUCGUUUCCUACCGCGAUUUAUUUCUAUUUACCUUGAUAAAUUCGCCGGGUUCCGUCAAGUGUUUCGUAAAUGUCGGACAGCGGUAAUAAACGUAACAUCCCAAUCAAAUUGGGAGACUUCAGCGUUAUCGAUAACGAAUUCAGCAGCAUCAGGGAGCGAUUCGAUGCUGAAAUGCGAAAAAUGGAAGACGAAAUGACCAAAUUCAGAUCCGAAUUGAUGAACCGAGAAUCCAACUUUUUCAAAACUACCACCAGCGUACACUCGGGAGAGAGUUACUUUUCUUCAAACACAGUCAGCAGUAGCACGGCAGAUUCAUUAGGAGCACCGAAAAGCAGCACGUGGUUAGAUAACAUUAAUUCGCCCUUAAUACAAGAAGAUGGAGAUAAUAAAAUGCUCAAGUUACGAUUCGACGUGAGCCAAUAUCAACCCGAAGAAAUCGUCGUAAAAACUGUAGAUAAUAAAUUACUGGUGCACGCUAAACACGAAGAAAAAUCAGAUACGAAAUCCGUGUACAGAGAAUACAACCGAGAAUUCUUGUUGCCCAAAGGAACGAAUCCAGAAAGCAUCAAAUCGUCGUUGAGUAAAGAUGGAGUUUUAACUGUCGAAGCACCUUUGCCAGCCCUCGGAGCUCCCGAAAAAUUGAUACCAAUUGACAAAAAGUAAAAAAAAAAAGGAGAGAGUACUUUCAUCGCAACCGCGUCCAGUCUUUUGCACACAAUCUGAUGAAUACCUACGUUGUAUUUAUUUAUUUUUAUUUAUUUAUUAAAGUAUUUAAUUUUUAAUUUAAAAGUAAAAAAAAAUCGAUAAUUUUAUAAGUCGAAUGUUACACCUGUUUUUGGUUUUAUUUUGUUUAGUAUUUCGUAGUGAAACAAAGUUGUAUAAAAAGAAUAGCGCACUGUAAUUUUUUUUCAGACAGAGAUCAAGCUUUAAAAUGCUUCGAAAGUGCCUAUAGAUUUAAAAUUUUUAAAAAUCUACCAAUUUUAAACCAGAAAAAAAAUGUCAUCGAGGAACUAACACCGAAAAUGUUAAUUAAUGUUUUUGUAUAAGGAUUUAUCUAUUUUUUUUUUUGUAUUUUAUUUAUUAAUUGGUACGUUUUUACAAUGUACAGUAAUGUCAUCCGGUUUGAGAUUAUUUUUCAUUUUCCAAACGAGUAAAUUUUUAUACCACUCUUACACUAAAUAAAUUUUUUAAAAAAGGUA